GUCAAUUGGAGAAAAAAACAAACGUUCAAUAUUUUUAUAAGUAUAUCAAACUUGAUAAACGUUUAUUUAUAAAUUUGAUUUAAAUAUUUUUAUAAUUAGGUUAGAAAUUAUAAUUUUAAUUACAAACCAGUAAAUACAAGAAAAUGUCAUCAAAAAGAAGAUAUAUUUCAAAUAAUGAUAAAAGUGAUUCAGAUUCCGAGGACGGUUAUGUUCCGUAUGUUCCAGUUAAAGAACGUAAAAAGCAACAAUUAAUGAAAUUAGGACGAUUAGGACAAUUAAGAGAAGAGGGUGUUAUUGGUACUGUUGGAAAAAGCAGCAGUGAAAAUGAAAAAGACGAUGGAGAUGACGAAGAUGAUGGACAAGUAUGGGGAAGAAAAUCAAAUAUUUCUCUUUUAGAUCAACAUACUGAAUUAAAAAAAUUAGCAGAAGCUAAAAAAGAAAGUGCACUGGAAAAACAAUUAAAAGAGGAAGAGAAAAUUCUUGAAAGUGUUGCUGAAAACAAAGCUUUGAUGGGUGUAGCUGAAUUGGCUAAAGGAAUCCAAUAUGAGGAGCCAAUAAAAACAAGUUGGCGUCCACCAAGAGGAAUUAUUAGUCUCGGUGAAGCUCGACAUGAAAGAAUAAGAAGAAAAAUGAGAAUUUUAGUUGAAGGAACAGAUGUUCCACCACCAUUAUGUAGUUUUAAAGAAAUGAAAUUUCAUCGUGGUAUAAUUCGUGGUUUAGAACAUAAAGGUAUUAUAAAACCUACUCCAAUUCAAGUACAAGGUAUUCCGACAGUUUUAUCUGGUCGUGACAUGAUUGGAAUUGCUUUUACUGGUAGUGGUAAAACUUUAGUAUUUGUUUUACCUCUGAUAAUGUUUUGUCUUGAGCAAGAAGUUGGAAUGCCAUUUAUACGUAACGAAGGUCCUUAUGGAUUAAUUAUUUGUCCUUCACGAGAAUUGGCAAAACAAACAUACGAUAUUAUACAGUAUUAUACAAAUAGUUUAAGAUCUGAAAAUUGUCCUGAAAUUCGAAGUUGUCUUGCUAUUGGUGGAGUUCCUGUUUCAGAGUCUCUUGAAAUAAUAAACAAAGGAGUUCAUAUAAUGGUUGCAACACCCGGACGGUUGAUGGAUAUGUUAGAUAAAAAAAUGGUUAAAUUAAAUUCAUGCCGUUAUCUUUGUAUGGAUGAGGCUGAUCGAAUGAUUGAUAUGGGUUUUGAAGAAGAUGUUAGAACGAUAUUUUCAUUUUUUCGAGGUCAACGUCAGACUCUUUUGUUCUCAGCUACUAUGCCGAAAAAAAUUCAAAAUUUUGCCCGAUCUGCUCUGGUAAAACCAGUGACAAUAAAUGUUGGACGUGCUGGUGCAGCAUCGAUGAAUGUAAUUCAAGAAGUUGAGUAUGUUAAACAAGAGGCUAAAAUUGUUUAUUUAUUAGAAUGUCUUCAGAAAACAACACCACCUGUAUUAAUUUUUGCUGAAAAAAAACAAGAUGUUGACGCUAUUCACGAGUAUCUUUUAUUAAAAGGCGUUGAAGCAGUCGCUAUUCAUGGUGGUAAAGAUCAAGAAGAACGAUCAAGAUCAGUUGAAGCAUUUCGAGCUGGACGUAAAGAUGUUCUUGUUGCUACUGAUGUUGCUUCUAAAGGUUUAGAUUUUGCUGACGUUCAACAUGUUAUCAACUACGAUAUGCCUGAUGAUGUAGAAAAUUAUGUCCAUCGAAUUGGAAGAACUGGACGAUCUGGUAAAACGGGAAUUGCUACAACUUUUAUUAAUAAAUCAAAUGAUGAGUCUGUUUUGCUUGAUCUUAAACAUUUGUUGAUGGAAGCUAAACAAAAAGUACCACCAUUUCUACUUGAGCUUUGCUCUGAAAAUGAAAAAUACCUUAAUCUUGGAGAUGAAAGAGGAUGUAGUUACUGUGGUGGUCUUGGUCACAGAAUCACUGAAUGUCCCAAACUGGAAGCUAUUCAAAAUAAACAGGCAUCAAAUAUUGGUCGUCGUGAUUAUUUGGCAAGCAAUGCUGCUGAUUAUUAAGAUUACUCUUUUAAAAUACAAUUAUGCACUUUUUUUUAUUUUGUAUAUAUUUAUGUAUAUAAAUUAUUAUGAAAAAAACAUAUAUUUGUUUUUUUAAAUAAAAAUAAUAAUUAAAUCUAAUUAAAAAAAUAUUUUUUAUUACUAUAAUUUAAAAAAUUUUCCUUCAAUACAACUUAUCUGUCCAUCAAGGUUAAAAUGUUCCAUGACAUAAUUCAGAGCAACUUAUCUUUUCAAUAAAUUAUUUUAACAAUGACCAUAGCAUGCAUUUCCGUUUUAAUGAAAAUAAAAAAAAAAAAAUCAACUUAUCAGAUAUUCAGUCUACUUUGAGUUUGCGUUGCAACAACAAGACCAAAAUGUACUUCUGGACUAUAAAAUUAAUUAUUUAUUUUUUAUUAAUUUCCGAUGAAUAUUCUACUGCAAAUCCUAUUGAAGAUGAGCAAAGACAACCAACAUUUAUCGAUAACGUUCGUAAUUGGUUUAAAAAUUUGAAAAAUCGAAUUGUUGAAUUUUGGAAUCGUUCAAUAAAUUGGUUCUCUGGUCCGAAAAAUGAUGACACUUCUUGGGAUGAUGAAUCAAAUUUAAAUAAUCCUAUGGCUACGGCAAAAUCUCAGUUAUCUGAUGAUAAAUCGCUUGAAUAUGAGGUAGAAAAACUAACAACAUUUGCGACUACUGAAUUUAUAACAGACCCGUCAAGUGACAAAUCAAUUGAAAAAAAUAAUAUAACUCCUGUAAAAAAUUCACAAUCUGCUGAAGUACUCGUACCAUAAAAUAAAUAAUAAGUAUAAAAAUUUGUUAUUUAAAAAUACAGUUUACUGAAUAAAAUUAUACAAAAUUAUCAAGGAUUUCAAUUUUUAUUGCGUGAAUUUUUCAUAAUUGUACAAUACAAAUAAUAAUAAUACGUUUAUAAUAAUUUUCACGCUGGUCUUGUAUAAAUUGAAGUCUCCAUAUGAUGGAAUCGAAGAAUUACUGUAAUAAAAGAAAAUAAUUUUUGUCCAAAUAAAUACAUUGUUAUAAUUUUGAAUAAAAUUUAAA